AUGCCUGGUGCUAAGGAGCAGCAGAAACGCCGUUGGCGCCCUGGCACAAAAGCUCUCCGGGAGGUCAGGAACUACCAGAAGACAUUUGACUUCCUGAUUCCGAAGCCCCCAUUCCAGCGACUCUGGAAGGAAAUCUGCGAUGACAUCGACCCCUCCAAGCGCCUGCGCUGGCAGGCGACUGCUAUUAGCGCUCUUCAAGAGUCUUCGGAGUCUCUUCUCUUUGGUGUUUUCGACAGUAAGCUUCACUUGCAAACUCUUAUCGAGUUGAACGAACUAUCUAGUGAUUAA